AAAGGGAAUCAGUGAAGCAUACAUACAUCAUACAACCCAUUACUUACAACACAAACUUAAAAAAGAAAGAUACGAUGAUCCGAAACCAUUGUUAUUUCUUUUGUGGUAUCGUUACCAUAUAUUUCUCACUCCUGAUUCGCGCCCUUGCUUCUCCCACGCUCCACUUUAAUUGCCGCAACGACCAGAGGGAUGCUCUCCUGGAAUUCAGAGACGAGUUUCCACCGACUGAUGACUCAAACCUAAGCUCGUGGAACAAGAGCAGUGAUUGCUGUCUUUGGAAUGGUGUCACAUGCAACGAUAAAUCUGGCCAGGUGAUAUCCCUCGACCUUCACGACACAUCUCUAAAUAGCUCUUUGAAAACUAAUAGUAGCCUUUUUAGACUCCACUAUCUCCGUCACCUGAACCUUGCGGGUUGCGAUCUCCGAGGUGAGAUUCCAGGGUUAAUAGGCAAUCUGAACCAUCUAAGAUACCUUAGCCUUGAUUAUAACUAUCUCAUAGGAGUUAUUCCUAUUUCAAUAGGAAACCUUUCCCGUCUCACAAAUCUUGAACUUUUCGCUAAUGAUUUGGAAGGUGAAAUUCCUACUUCUAUCGGAAACCUAAACGAGCUAAGGGUCAUGUCACUUGACCACAACUCUUUAGGUGGCAAUAUUCCUAUUUGGUUCACCAAUUUAACCAAGCUUUCUCAGUUUAGCCUCCGCUCUAAUAACUUCACAUCCACGCUUCCACUAGACAUGAGUGGAUUCCACAACUUGGAGUUGUUUGAUGUUGCUUACAACUCAUUUCUGGGACCUUUCCCUAAAUCCUUGUUCUCCCUUCCUCUGUUACAGUCUGUUGAUUUGGGAGUAAACCAAUUCAUGGGACCUAUAGAGUUUGUGAAUACAUCUUCAUCUAAGCUUCAGUUUUUAAGUCUCCAUCAGAACAGAUUCGAUGGCCCAAUCCCGGAGUCAAUAUCUAAAUUUCUCAACCUCAGACGGUUAUAUUUUAGCCAAAACAAUUUCAGUGGUCCAGUCCCUAAAUCUAUGUCAAAGUUAGUUGACCUCAACGAUUUACAACUUUCCAACAACAAGUUGGAAGGUGAAGUACCGGGUUUCUUAUGGAGAAUGAACACAAUGAUGAUUUCUCACAAUUCUUUCAGUAGUUUCGAGAAAUUUUCACGAGAAUCGUCGAUCCAAAUGUUGGAUCUGAGUUCAAAUUCAUUCCGAGGACCAUUUCCAAAUUGGAUCUGCAAGCUUAAAUGGUUGAGCGUAUUAGAUUUGUCUAACAAUCUCUUCAACGGCUCGAUUCCUACGUGUUUAAGGAACUCCAUUGUUUAUCUUUUGGACCUGAGUCUGCGCAACAAUAGUUUCAGCGGAGUUCUUCCAGAUAUAUUUGAUGGUGCUACCAGUCUACGGCUAUUCGAUGUUAGUCAAAACCAGCUGGAAGGAAAAUUUCCAAAGUCUUUGAUUCAUUGCAAAUCCCUGCAACUUGUGAAUGUGGGAGGCAACAAAAUCAAGGACACAUUUCCAUCUUGGCUUGGAUCUCUACCAUCAUUAAACGUUCUCAGUCUCAGAUCAAACAAGUUCUAUGGGCGGUUGUAUCAUCCUCAUGUGUCCAUUGGGUUUCAGAGUCUAAGAGUGGUUGAUGUUUCACAUAAUGACUUCACUGGAACUCUCCCACCUCACUAUUAUUCCAGCUGGCGUGAAAUGACCAUGUUAAACCAAGGAACUGACUACAUGGUGAAUUUCAUGAAGGGCUCACGCUACAUGUUGUUAUUCCCGGAAUCAAUCUUCCGCUCAAUGGAAAUGGUUAUUAAAGGAGUCGAGACGAACUUUGAGCGAAUCCGACAGGAUUUUAGAGCCAUUGAUUUUUCUGGAAACAAAAUCUAUGGAAAAAUCCCUGAAUCCAUUGGCUUCUUGAAGGAAUUACGUCUUCUCAACUUGUCCGGUAACGCCUUCACAAGCGAUAUCCCACGAUCCUUGGCAAAUUUGACAGACCUCGAGGCGUUAGACCUCUCGAGUAAUAAGUUGUCAGGUCAAAUCCCUCAAGAUUUUAGUAAACUAUCUUUUCUUUCAUACGUGAACUUUUCCCAUAAUCUUCUCCAAGGUCCAGUUCCACGUAGCACACAGUUUCAAAGACAGAAAUGUUCUUCAUUCUUGGACAACCCUGGACUCUAUGGCCUCGAAGAAAUAUGCGGAGAAAGACAUGUCCCGAGUACUACAUCACAGCAAGCCGUGAAAUACUCAGAGGCAAAAGAACGAAUGAUCAAUUGGGUUGCAGCUGCAAUAGCCUAUGGACCUGGAAUAUUAUGUGGAUUGGUGAUUGGACAUAUCUUCACUUCACACAAUCAGGAAUGGUUCCCCAAAAAUUUAGGUUGAUGAAAACUCAGAUUCACCACAAAUGCUCGAUAAGCCCAUCUACUGCAGUAUAUCUAAUAAAUAUUUGUAAGGCAUAUCUUGUCCAACUUACUGGUCGUACUUAUACUGUGUUUUCCCAGAAGUGUUCUCCAAAAGACUAGUUUGCGUUUUGUAACUUUUCUAUUUAAUGUUUUUUUUUUCUGUAAUAAACGUAUACGGUGGUGUAGUAUUCAAUAUAUAUUGGCUUAAAAAUGUAAUACCGGAACUUCAUCCUACUUCAAAUCUUAAAUUU